GGCCGCGCCGAGUGAGCCCUUGGAUUGGCCGCGGGGAAGGCGUUGCGCUAGGACGGAAUUGUGGAAGGCGCUUCAGUGAAGAAAUGGACCAGUGUGUAUAGCCAUGGACUCUCCUUACUAACCAUCACCACCUGUUCUCCUUGAUAAGUGAGCCAGAGAGCGGCCAGGUAGAAGGAAACCAGGUCACCAUGAAGCUAAAGCAGCGAGUUGUGCUGUUAGCAAUUCUCCUUGUCAUCUUUAUCUUCACCAAAGUUUUCCUGAUUGACAACUUGGAUACAUCAGCCGCCAACCGGGAGGACCAGAGGGCUUUUCACCGAAUGAUGACUAGCUUGCGAGUGGAGCUGGUGCCCAGGCUGGACCACACCUUGCAGUCUCCCUGGGAGAUUGCUGCCCAGUGGGUGGUUCCUCGGGAGGUGUACCCUGAAGAGACACCAGAACUGGGGGCAAUCAUGCAUGCCAUGGCCACCAAGAAAAUCAUUAAAGCUGAUGUGGGUUAUAAAGGGACACAGCUGAAAGCCUUACUAAUACUUGAAGGAGGACAGAAAGUUGUCUUCAAACCUAAGCGGUAUAGCCGAGACUAUGUGGUGGAAGGGGAGCCGUAUGCUGGUUACGAUAGACACAAUGCAGAGGUGGCAGCCUUUCACUUGGACAGGAUUCUGGGUUUCCGCCGAGCCCCCUUGGUGGUUGGCAGAUUUGUUAAUCUUCGGACAGAGAUCAAGCCUGUUGCCACGGAGCAGCUGUUGAGCACAUUCCUAACUGUAGGAAACAAUACUUGUUUCUAUGGGAAAUGUUAUUACUGCCGAGAAACAGAGCCAGCAUGUGCUGAUGGAGACACAAUGGAGGGUUCUGUCACACUUUGGCUUCCAGAUGUGUGGCCUCUGCAGAAACACCGACACCCGUGGGGCAGGACUUAUCGGGAAGGCAAACUGGCCAGGUGGGAGUAUGAUGAGAGCUACUGUGAUGCAGUAAAGAAGACGUCCCCUUAUGACUCUGGCCCACGCCUCUUGGACAUCAUUGAUACAGCUGUCUUUGACUACCUGAUUGGCAAUGCUGACCGCCAUCACUAUGAGAGCUUUCAAGACGAUGAGGGUGCUAGUAUGCUUAUCCUUCUCGAUAAUGCCAAAAGCUUUGGGAACCCCUCACUGGAUGAAAGAAGCAUUCUUGCCCCCCUCUACCAGUGUUGCAUCAUUCGAGUUUCUACCUGGAACAGACUGAACUACCUGAAGAAUGGUGUGCUAAAGUCUGCCUUAAAAUCUGCCAUGGCCCAUGACCCCAUCUCCCCAGUGCUCUCCGAUCCUCAUUUGGACACCAUGGACCAGCGGCUCCUGAGUAUCCUGGCCACCGUGAAGCAGUGCACUGACCAGUUUGGGAUGGACACUGUACUGGUGGAAGACAGGAUGCCUCUCUCCCACUUGUAAUUCUCAACACAAAAUAAGUGAAACUUCUUUUUACAAAGAUAGAGAAACAGCACAAUCAAUUCCAAAUGGUAUGAGAUGGGUUAGAAAUGGCCAGCAGCAAGUUCUGGUGACAGGGGACAGGGUGGCCUUAGAUGUCUUUGGUGUUUUCUGUAGUAGAAGCUAAAGCAAAGACCACAUGUUUCAAAGCACGGAGAUGUUCCUGGUGAGUCACCUGGCUUCCUCGGCAGUUGCCCAUCCAGCACUGGGCAUCAUGGUUUGAUCAGUCCUAACUCCCAUGCCAAAGGACAAACAGGUGUGAUGCUUGGAUAGGCGAAGGCUGGGAUUGGUUCUGGAGUGUGUGUUUUGAGUUGAGCCUUGCAGUCCUUUCUCCACACCUGUGGAUUUUGUGGAAACACUUUGCAAUCUCUUGUGUCUUUUUUUUACCAGGACUAGUUAAAUCGGAAAGCUUACUGCCUCCUACGGAGUGGCAGCAAAUAAAACCUUGCAUUCCAUUGAGCCAAAAUAGCACGUUCUGUUGGAGAAAUACAUUCUUAAGAUAGAACUGGAGGGAAGGGCAAAAGCAGGAAGAUGUUGAGCUUUUAAGCAAUUGGGUAGGGAGGGAAGAAGAGAGAGACCCACUUGGUAGAACCGGAAUCAGGGAGAUGAUUGGAUUAGUGCAAAACAGGUUCUGGUGUAUUUCGGUUUUCAAGAUAUGUAGAAAGCAAACAUGACUUUGCAUCUAAGUAAAAUCUGCAUUUUCAAAAUUGUGUCCCAAUUAGCCAAAAAGUUGUCUAGAGGAAAUACUGUUACAGUACAAGCAUGACUCUCUGUUAUAGAGACUAAUUUAUUUUUCCAUUUUGUCUAAAGCAGAAAAUCCUUUCCAAACUAACAAAGCAAAUUGAGGUAAUACCUUGCAUAAGAAUCAGGUGGCCUGUGGUCUCUGCCUUCCUCAUUUCUCUUCUGAAAUGAAUUUCCACCUCUGCCUGUAAGGUGGAAAGUUCAUCUGGUCGUUAAAGCUGCCAUUCCCAAGAGAUGGGCAGCCCCACGUGUACCCUUCUUGUGAGAAAAGGCAACUGACUCCAACGGAGGAGAGUGUGCACCCUACUGGGUGAUUUGGGUCAUGCACAAGACUGGAAACAAAGAUUUUAAGCCUGUGAGCCUUGAAAUUAAGAAGGUUAUUAGGAAGAGCCUUAAGAUUUUGAUUCAUGUCAAAUCCUAAUUCCAUCACUGAGUCUCGUUUGGAGUUCUGAACCCAUGAUGCAGUAUUAUGCUUGUCUCUCCUCUUAGCACACUCAAAUUUCAGGCUGCUAAACACAGUUUUAGUUCUGUGUUCUGGCAGUGAUUUUGCCAUGUAAGCAGUUACAGUGAAACGGCCUGAGGAGGACAGGCCUGCUGUACCCACUCACCUGCGGGUGCAGAGCUGUGUGCUGCUCUUCGGCCUCUUGUCAAGGUGCGGCUCUGGUUUUGCACUUCUGUCAAGCGGAAACUCAUGUUUAAACAAUGUGGUUGAACCCAUUGAAUGCCAGCCAUUGGGGACUGGUUUUAAGUAACCAGUCUUUCAAAAAACAGCUUUAGAAUUUGUGCCCAGUUUUUCUGCAUUGACAGAUAACUGAGGAACCUGUAACGACUUUAAAAUGGCAUGAAAUUAGGAGACUUUGGUACUUCUUAUAUGCAUUUUGAGAUGGACACAUCACUGAACUGAAUUAUGAAAGGGAUAUUGAAUUUAAGAAGACAGGCACGAGUACAAAACACUGAAUUAGUGUUAAAAAGAGGCAUUGAUUUCGAUUUUAAGGCUACUUGCUGUUGCAGGUCUAGUGAAAUGCACAGUUUAUAUGAGCACACCUGGGUUGGUGCUCACCCACAGGCUUCUGGGAGCCAGCUGGCAGGGGACACUGGGAAGGAUGGCACUCUGCUGUUCUUAGUAAAUGGUAGCUGAGCUACAUUAUGGAUUCGCGAUUGUUCUGACACAUGCCUUUAGUAUGUCACACUGAAAUGAACAGGAACUACUCUCGAAUGGAGACGUUCAUUCAUAACGUUGAAGGCAGAAGAUUCUGCUAAGGAAAAAUACAGGAGGGAAAGCUGCUUUGAAAAAUGCCUCAUCCUUUCUUCAAAGCAUUUGCGGAAAAUGUAUGAUUUUAUCCUCUUUUUUGCUGUUUUCAAGCUCCUGGUCUAAAAGGGUACUCUGACCCACAGUUAGAAUUAAGCCAAUAGAGGGACAUGACAUGGCACUGCGAGCAGCAAUUUAUGUUCUAAAUCAGGACUGUAGUGAGCUGGAAAAGUCUGCUUAGGCGAAGCUUGGAGAAUCAGCCAUAAGCUUACAGCCCUACAAUUCAGAAACACUAAAUUCUGAUUGAAAAAAAGAGGUGGAUUUUUUAAAUUUUUAUUUUUGAAAUUUUGUACCACUGUCCUCUUUGGGGUUUAUUUAUCAGAAUUAAUCUAGGGCUGUUACAGGCAAGCCAAUGGAGAACCCUUGUCAGGUGUGCCUACCCGACACCCAGAGGUAGAUGUGGAGACACAGUGAUACUGUCAGAACUAGGGAAAUCAGAACUAACUGCCAUUCCCUGUCCUCCUCCCACUUCUUGAAAAGGUUUAUUCUGAAGUUUGAGUGGGGAACUUUGGGUAUAGUGGAUUUUGUUCUAAAACCGUUCUUUAAUAUGAGGCUGCAUUGUGGGUUUGGAGAGGGGUCAAAAUAACUUUCUGUGUAAAACUAAUAGGAUCAGAUUUGCUCAGAGUAUUGUUCAAAACUGUAUUAAUAAGGCAUUUUCCCCUGUUUGCACUCAGGGUUAAUAUGUCAAAUGAAAUUUAAGAAGGAAAUGGAAGAAUUCAGGUAUAUCCCUGCACAUUAUUUUGGGAAAGAUGAAUCCUAUACAUGGCAAUGUUUCAAUGUCUCCUGAAGUCAGCAUUGUCUUCCAAAGAAAUCCAUUUUUCUUUCCCUUUAAAAAAAAUGCUUUGGCCUCCCCUUCCCAUCCAUCAUAUUCCUUCAGCCUUACCUUCACCCGUGUAUUCACUGACCAGUAGAUGACCAUACUUCAGUGAUGGUAACACAGCAUCUGUGUCUCAUCACAGCACUCUUAUGAGUCAUCCUGUGAGCUCGAGCUUCAGGAAACAGGAGUGAUGGCAUAUGUGUGUAUAUAGUCGUAAUAUGUAUUCUAGCAAGAAAAACAUAUUUAUUUGGACAUGGGGGACAUUGACUUGCAGAAGGACCUGCAGUCAAUAAAAGGUUCUCAGUCUCUGAGAGUGGGCCCUGAGUGACAGAAAGACCAUUCAUUUAACAGACAGCUCCUGGGCAGCUCUGUGCCGGCGCUGGCUAGGCACGCUGGAGAGCCAGGCGGCCUGACCUUGGAAAUCGAUUCUACAGGGGAAGGCCGGUUUUCUCCCUUCAGCUCCUCAAGUCUGGGUGGUGAGGAGGUAGGGUCUGGGUUCUGUAUUGCCCCACUUUUUUAGGAAUAAAGGUGUUUUUCAUAAAUGCAAAAUGUUAGAAAAAUCUGGGACUAGCUCACUGGGAAGCUAAUUUAUUUGCUUGAAUGGGAGGUGUAGGAGCCACGACCCUCUGUUUUGAUCUGUCAGGGAUUUCUUCUCGGAGCUGUUGCACCAACAGAAGUUGUGCUUGGUAAGACACCAGAUAAAGACAGACACGCAUCUAAAUUUCUAAUGUGUUCUGUGGGUUUCAAUUCUGAAAAAAGAAAGUGAAUAAAGAUUUUAAUAAAUA